AUGCUGCGAAACAAACAGCAGCAGCAGCAACAGCAGCAACAACAUGAGCAACAGCAGCAGCAGGAACAUCACCAGCAACAGCAGCAUCAGCAACGAGAGCAGCAGCAGCAUCAGCAGCAACAUCAGCAGCAACAGCAACACCAUCAGCAGCAUCAUCAGCAGCAUCAUCAGCAGGAACAGCAACAUCAGCAGCAGCAUUAUCAGCAGCAUCAUCAGCAACAUCAGCAGCAACAGCAACAUCAGCAGCAUAAUCAGCAGGAUAAUCAGCAGCAGCUGCAUCAUCAGCAGCAGCAGCAUAAUCAGCAGGAUAAUCAGCAGCAGCAGCAUCAUCAGCAGCAACAGCAACAUCAGCAGCAGCAGGAUAAUCAGCAGCAACAUCAUCAGGAUAAUGAGGAGGAAGAGAAUUAA